UCAGUAGUCUAACCAAAAAACUUCGAAGAGACUAGUAGCCUAUGGACCACUGAUCCAGGAUAUAAUGUAGGCGUCUUUAUUUUAUCCAUCUACGAUCCAUCAUGCGCAACACCCGGAUGUUGCAAUGCAAAGAUGUUUGUGGUGUAGCUACUCUCUGGGGUUCUGUAGGAUUUAUUAAAUGUUGUUGUUGAAUACUUUGGUUUAUCGUUUAUUGUUACAUUUUUUGAUAUUUUUUUUACUGUGUUGGAAUUAAAACGGCGUUUCAAUGUGGAUAAGAGGAUGCAAGAAGCAGAGGAACAGCCCGAAGGGGCACAGUAUGCUAGCAGCAACAGAGCCCAUCCCUCUGGUGACACGUCGGCCCUCGGGUCAGAAAACCCCUCCCACUCGCAGCCCGAACCCUACCCCCAGACUGGCACUAUCUCCUGGCAGGCCGCGAUCCAUGCUGCUCGUAACGCCCAGGGCGACGCUCCCCAGAGCAUGAGCGCCCGCCCCUCUGUCCCUGGGGCCACACCUGCCCCGGUGGGCUCACUGUCACAGAGGAAGAGGCAGCUGUACGCCAAGAGCAAGAAGCAGGCCGGCUCCACCAACAGCAGACCGCCCAGGGCACUGUUCUGCCUCACCCUCAACAACCCCAUCCGCAGAGCCUGCAUCAGCCUGGUGGAGUGGAAACCCUUUGAUAUCUUUAUACUUCUCUCUAUUUUUGCCAACUGUGUGGCCUUAGCUGUUUACAUCCCCUUCCCAGAGGACGACUCCAACUCCACCAACCACGACCUGGAAACAGUAGAAUAUGCCUUCCUAAUCAUUUUUACUAUAGAGACCUUUCUGAAGAUCAUAGCGUAUGGUUUAGUCAUGCACCAGAACUCCUACGUAAGAAACGGAUGGAACAUGCUGGAUUUUGUCAUUGUCAUAGUAGGGUUGUUCAGUGUAGUUCUGGAGGUGAUAACCAAAGAGGGUGAUGCCGGGGGCCAGGGGGGUAAACCGGGAGGCUUCGACGUCAAGGCCCUCCGAGCGUUCCGGGUGCUCCGCCCCCUCCGCCUUGUCUCAGGAGUACCCAGUUUACAGGUAGUGUUGAACUCCAUCAUUAAAGCCAUGGUUCCUCUGCUCCACAUCGCUCUGCUCGUCCUCUUCGUCAUCAUCAUCUACGCCAUCAUCGGCCUCGAACUCUUCAUCGGCAAGAUGCACGCCACCUGCUACCUGGUGGGCACCGGUAUUCUGGCAGAGGAGGAGCCUGUUCCGUGUGCGGUGUCAGGCCAUGGGCGCCAGUGCAGGAUGAAUGGGACUGUGUGUAGGGAAGGAUGGCACGGCCCCAAUGGUGGCAUCACCAACUUUGACAACUUCCUGUUUGCCAUGCUCACUGUUUUCCAGUGUAUCACCAUGGAGGGCUGGACUGAUGUUCUGUACUGGAUGAACGAUGCCAUGGGUUCUGAGCUACCCUGGGUCUACUUCGUCAGUCUGGUCAUCUUCGGUUCCUUCUUUGUUCUCAACCUGGUUCUGGGAGUGUUAAGCGGAGAGUUCUCCAAGGAGAGAGAGAAGGCCAAGGCUCGUGGAGACUUCCAGAAGCUGAGAGAGAAGCAGCAGCUGGAGGAGGAUCUGAAGGGCUACCUGGACUGGAUCACUCAGGCCGAGGACAUCGACCCUGAGAAUGAUGAGGAGGAGGACGAGGAGGGGGGCAAACGCAAUCCAAGCGUGCCUGCCAGCGAGACAGAGUCUGUGAACACUGACAACCACAAUGGAGAGGACGAUAAGGCUAACUGCUGUGGACCACACUGUCGGCGAUGGCGUCACUGGAACCGGUUCUGCCGCAGGAAGUGUCGUGCUGCCGUGAAGUCGGUGUCUUUCUAUUGGCUGGUGAUCAUCCUGGUGUUUCUGAACACGCUCACCAUCUCGUCAGAGCACUACAACCAGCCUGACUGGCUCACUGAAGUACAGGAUGUGGCCAACAAGGUUCUGCUGGCUUUGUUCACGUGUGAGAUGCUGGUGAAAAUGUACAGUCUGGGCCUGCAGGCCUACUUCGUGUCCCUGUUCAACCGCUUCGACUGCUUCGUGGUGUGCGGCGGCAUCGUGGAGACCAUCCUGGUGGAGCUGGCCAUCAUGUCUCCUCUGGGCAUCUCUGUGUUCCGUUGUGUCCGCCUGCUACGCAUCUUCAAGGUCACACGCCAUUGGGCAUCUCUCAGUAACCUGGUGGCGUCGCUGCUCAACUCCAUGAAGUCCAUCGCCUCCCUCCUGCUCCUGCUCUUCCUCUUCAUCAUCAUCUUCUCCCUGUUGGGCAUGCAGCUCUUCGGAGGCAAGUUCAACUUCGACGAGACGAUAACCAAGAGGAGCACCUUCGACAACUUCCCCCAGGCGCUACUCACAGUGUUUCAGAUCCUGACAGGCGAGGAUUGGAACGCUGUGAUGUAUGAUGGCAUCAUGGCGUACGGUGGACCCUUCUCAUCAGGCAUGGUCGUCAGCAUCUACUUCAUCAUCCUCUUCGUCUGCGGAAACUACAUCCUGCUGAACGUCUUCUUGGCCAUCGCCGUUGACAACCUGGCAGACGCAGAGAGCCUGAACACAGCCCAGAAGGAGGAAGAGGAGGAGAAGGAGAGGAAGAAGAGUUCCAGAAGUGACACAGACAAGACAGAGGAUCUGAAACCUGAAAGCCAGGAUGGGGAGAUCAAGCUUCCAUUGGAGGAGGAAGUGGAAGAGGAGAAGGAGCCGUAUCCCACUCCAGAUACUCCAGUUGGUGAUGAUGACGACGAUGAUGACGAUGAUGAGCUCCCGGAGGUUCCGAUUGGGCCACGCCCUCAGAGGCUGUCGGACCUCAGCGUCAAGGAGAAGACUCCGCCCAUCCCUGAGGGCAGCGCUUUCUUCAUCUUCAGCAACACUAACCUGGUCCGGGUGGCCUGCCACAAGCUGACCAACCACCACAUCUUCACCAACCUCAUCCUGGUCUUCAUCAUGCUGAGCUCUGUGUCUCUGGCUGCUGAGGACCCCAUACGCAACUUCUCGGCACGCAACAUCAUACUUGGUUAUUUUGACUAUGCUUUCACGGCAAUCUUUACUGUUGAGAUCCUGUUGAAGAUCCUAGGCUAUGCAGAUUAUGUCUUCACUAGUAUGUUUACCUUUGAGAUCCUGUUGAAGAUGACAGCGUUUGGGGCUUUCCUCCAUAAAGGAGCCUUCUGCAGGAACUACUUCAACCUGCUGGACCUACUGGUGGUGGGAGUCUCUCUGGUGUCCUUCGGCAUUCAGUCGUCCGCCAUCUCGGUGGUGAAGAUCCUGCGUGUGCUGAGGGUGCUGCGGCCCCUGAGGGCCAUCAACAGAGCCAAGGGCCUCAAGCAUGUGGUCCAGUGUGUAUUUGUGGCCAUCAGGACCAUUGGUAAUAUCAUGAUCGUCACCACGCUGCUACAGUUCAUGUUCGCCUGCAUAGGAGUGCAGCUCUUCAAGGGCAAGUUCUGUCGCUGCACAGACGAGGCCAAGUCCAGCCCGGAGGAAUGCAAAGGCACAUACAUUCUGUAUAAGGAUGGCGACACAGUGUUGCCUGCGGUCAGGGAGAGGAUCUGGUACAACAGUGACUUCAACUUUGACAACGUCCUCAUGGCCAUGAUGGCUCUGUUCACCGUCUCUACGUUUGAAGGCUGGCCUGCUCUGCUGUACAAGGCCAUCGACUCCAACAGAGAGAAUAUGGGUCCCAUCUACAACUACCGCGUGGAGAUCUCCAUCUUCUUCAUCAUCUACAUCAUCAUCAUCGCCUUCUUCAUGAUGAACAUCUUUGUCGGUUUCGUCAUCGUCACCUUCCAGGAGCAGGGAGAGAAAGAGUACAAGAACUGUGAGCUGGACAAAAACCAGCGUCAGUGUGUAGAGUAUGCUCUGAUCGCUCGUCCACUGCGGAGGUACAUCCCUAAGAACCCCUACCAGUAUAAGUUCUGGUAUGUGGUUAACUCCACUGGCUUUGAGUACGUCAUGUUCGUUCUCAUCAUCCUCAACACACUGUGUUUGGCGAUCCAGCACUAUGGCCAGUCCUACCAGUUCAACUACGCCAUGGAUGUCCUCAACAUGGUCUUCACUGGCGUCUUCACCGUGGAGAUGAUCCUCAAACUGAUUGCCUUCAGACCCAGGGGGUAUUUUGGAGACGCCUGGAACGUCUUCGAUGCCCUGGUGGUGAUCGGCAGCGUAGUCGACAUCAUUCUCAGUCAGGUAGAUCACUAUUUCGCUGAUGCAUGGAACACGUUUGAUGCCUUAAUUGUUGUCGGUAGCGUCGUUGACAUUGCAAUCACAGAGAUCAAUAACACAGAGGACAGCGCUCGCAUCUCCAUCACAUUCUUCCGCUUGUUCCGAGUCAUGCGAUUGGUCAAGCUGCUCAGCAGAGGGGAGGGCAUCCGAACGCUCCUGUGGACCUUCAUCAAGUCCUUCCAGGCUCUUCCCUAUGUUGCCCUCCUGAUAGCCAUGUUGUUCUUCAUCUACGCUGUUAUCGGAAUGCAGGUGUUCGGAAAGAUCGCCAUGGUAGACGGCACACGGAUAAACCACAACAACAACUUCCAGACCUUUCCUCAAGCUGUCCUGAUGCUCUUCAGGUGUGCUACAGGCGAGGCGUGGCAGGAGAUCAUGCUGGCAUGUCUGCCAGGGAAGCUGUGUGACUCCGAGUCAGACUACAACCCCGGAGAGGAGAGAACCUGUGGCAGCGGAUUCGCCGUCAUCUACUUCAUCAGCUUCUACAUGCUCUGCGCCUUCCUGAUCAUCAACCUGUUUGUGGCUGUCAUCAUGGACAACUUUGACUAUCUGACGCGUGAUUGGUCCAUUCUGGGCCCUCACCACCUGGAUGAGUUUAAAAGGAUCUGGUCUGAGUACGACCCUGAGGCUAAGGGCAGGAUAAAGCAUCUGGAUGUGGUUACCUUGCUGAGACGCAUCCAGCCUCCUCUCGGCUUCGGCAAGCUGUGUCCACACAGAGUGGCCUGCAAGAGAUUGGUUGCCAUGAACAUGCCCCUGAACAGUGAUGGCACGGUCAUGUUUAACGCCACCCUGUUUGCCUUGGUGAGGACCGCUCUGAAGAUCAAGACCGAAGGCAACCUGGAGCAGGCCAAUGAGGAGUUGCGAGCGGUCAUCAAGAAGAUCUGGAAGAGGACCAGCAUGAAGCUGCUGGACCAAGUGGUGCCCCCUGCUGGCGAUGAUGAGGUAACCGUGGGGAAGUUCUAUGCCACCUUCCUGAUACAGGACUACUUCAGGAAAUUCAAGAAACGCAAAGAGCAAGGCCUGGUGGAAAUAAACUCAUUCACCAGCCUGAACUCCACCAUCGCCCUCCAGGCCGGUCUCCGCACACUGCAUGAUAUUGGGCCUGAAAUCCGCCGAGUCAUAUCAUGUGACCUGCAAGACGAGGGCCUUGUAGACAUUAACGCAGAAGACAGCGACGAGAUUUAUCGGAGGAACGGCGUGAUCUUCUCCAACCACACCAAUCACGUUAACGGGGACCACCGGGGUUCCGCCCACCAGACAAACGUCACUCAGCGGCCCCUCCAGGUCCCUCCGCCUUCCUGCCACGCCUCCGGGGAGCCCUCCCAGGUCGGCUCUGAGGAGAGGGCAGGCGAACCCCACUGGUACAACUACUACUACCCCAAAUCCCCCAUAUCCUCAAACGCCAACCUUAACAAUGCCAACAUGCACCCUGUGCCCUCCCUGACCAACGGGGGGCAGCGCCGCUGUCUUCACCGUGACCACCCGUCCGCUAAUGGGGCACCCUCUUCCAGCUCGCACCGCAAGAUUGUUGACUUCGACACCCACACCACGGUCCAAUCUGCAAGGAGGCGCUACUAUGAGACCUACAUUAGGUCAGAAUCAGGGGGUGUUCGUUACCCUACCGUUCGUAGAGAGGAGCCAGGGAGGGCAGACAGUGAUGAUGACAGGGGCUCUGGAGAAUACUUCAGCGGGGAGGAGUACCAGGAGGAUGAUAUCAUGUUGCACAAAGACAGGAUGUCCCGUAAGGAGUAUCGAGACCAUCAAACUAACUUUGACACAGAGGCGUCCAGGGAUUACCAUCAACCGGACAGUGUCUAUGAUGACCACCAGCAAUCCGUUUACCAGGAUGGUGGGUGGUCGCCGAAGCAAAGGUUGCUCCCCUCUACACCCCAGGCCCUCCACCGACCCUCAUUCAACUUUCAUUGUCUGCGGAAACAAAGCAGCCAAGACGAUGACAUCCCCUUGACCCCUUCCAUUCCCCUUCGAACAGCUCUACCCCUGCAUCUGCUGCAGCAGCAGGUGAUGGCGGUGGCUGGCCUGGACUCCAGCAGAGUCCAGCGUCUCUCUCCAUCACGCUCUCUACGCUCCUGGGCCACGCCCCCCGUCUCCCCCAGCAGCAGGGACCACUCCCAUUACUACACACCCCUCAUCCAGGUGGACUGGCGUGGGCUGAGCAGUGUGAGUAGCACCCCUGGCUCUGUGAGAAGGAGCACCUGGUAUACUGACGCCCCAGAAGCCCCCCUAAGCCGUACCUACUCCCCCUCACAGCUCCAGAUCCCACCAGAAUACCGCAGGCAGUACCACCAGAACAGAGGCAGUGCUAACAGCCUAGUGGAGGCUGUGUUGAUUUCAGAAGGACUGGGGAAAUACGCCAAGGACCCCAAGUUUGUGUCGGCGACCAAGCACGAGAUCGCGGACGCCUGCGAGAUGACCAUCGACGAGAUGGAGAGUGCUGCCAGCAACCUGCUGAACGGCAGUAUGGGUAAUGGGGCGGGGGCAACGGACACAGUGACUUCCACGAGCCUCAGGGAGCGCAAUCUCGAGGACUACAGCGAUGAGGAGCCGGACACACGCGGGAAAUACGAGGAGGAUCUGACUGAUGAGAUGAUAUGCAUCAGCACCCUAUAGCAGUCACUCACACUAGACACAGGCUGCGUCUGACAUGGCACCCUAUUCCCUACAGUGUGCUUCUAGUGCACUAUAUAGGGAGUGAUGUGCCUCUUGGAUGCAGCCAACAACCAUACAAACAAACAAGAGAACAAAGUGCCUUUCUUUCUGGAUGAAAACACUGCCAGCUGGAGAGGAGUGGAGGGAUGGAGUGGCACGCCAAAGAUCCAACUUCAGAGGAGUCCCGCCCCUUCCUCUGUCUGUUUUGCAGCACCCAAUGAAACAGAGUGAAAGAGGGGGUUGUCCCAAAGGGGAUGCAGUAAUGUUGGGUUUCCUCCUCAACGACUUCAUACAGAAAUCACAUAUCAGUGAAAUUAAGUUCCAGUCCUCAGCCAUAUCCCCCCUGCCUCCCGUUUGCCUUACCGUCUGCACAAAGAUACUAAGAGUAGUCAAUCAUAGACGGCGAGUGGCGGCCAUUUUACAGACCGCAUUUUGAAACUGUGACCAACCAACAUGAGAAAACGGUGUACUCCAAUAUCACACUCACUCCUGCCCAACCAAUCAAUCUUCAGGGAUGACUUAGCAGCCAUAAUAUUUUAAUGAAAGGAAAAUCUAUUAAGUUGUAGAUGUAUUUUAAACCCUCUAAGAAAAAUCGAUUAUUUGAAAGAGAUACUUUAUAUGUAGUUAUUUAUGGAUCGUUACAGGUAUAACAUAUUCCCCAUGCCUAUGAAAUAGAUAAGUAUCGUUUUAUUUGGAAUGAAUAUGAAAUGAUAUUUUAUGUUUAGCCUUUUUUUCACUACUUUAAGAGGAAUCAUGUUGAAUACUUUACCUGAAGUGCACGUACAGUAUGUUUCUACAGAAAUAGGGUUUGCCAUUUACCAGCUUAGCUCACUGCCAACAGAAAAAAAAAUAGUAACGCCAGGUUAGUGGGUUUGAUUCCCAGGAUCACCCAUACGUAAAAUGUAUGCACGCAAUGACUAAGACGCUUUGGAUAAAAGCAGCUUCUGAAGGGCAUACAUAAGGACAACUUGGUACUAUCAUGGAAAUGUGUUUCUGUCCUCCCAACGAAAGUGCUCUUUCAAAAAACACCAAAAGAGAAAAUAUAUGCUUUAAAAGACACAGCUAUUGCCAAUAAAGCUGUACAAUUAAAAUGCGCUUUCCCAAACUUGUGACCCGGGUUCAUGUUGACCUAGACGUCAGGGAUCUUUGUGAAAUGGCGGCACGAAAUGUAAAUUCCUUGCCAAUGGAGUAUUGUUUACAACUACUAGGGUUUCCUCAGCAUAACUAGCAGCUUUCUCUCAACACAGAACAACGCUCUCAGUUCAACACAUGAAUGGUGGAGGGCAUUUUAAGAUGGCCGCCAAUAGUGACGGCCACUCUCUGGGUGUUUUGACGAAUGGGGUUAAAAUCCUGACAUAGUGGUAACAAUACCCACUGCGUUAGAAGUUUUCACUGGUUCAAGUAUAUUUCAAAUGUAAUUAAGAUGGUGAGACUGUACUUUUCCUUGUAUGUCGUUACUGAGACCUUUGAAUCGGUGACCUGCCAAGUGAUACGUGACGGUAUAUUCCAUUAAAAUCAUCUUUAUUUAUACUGUAUGCCAAUGAUUGAAAAAAAGACAACCUUGAAACAGCAAAGGUUUGUUAUACAACUUGUGCAAUUCACAGCUUUAUUUUUUUGGACUACUUCUGUUUUAAAGAUGCAUUGAAAUGUUGAUGGUAAUGUUAAAACCUGUACAGAAUGUGUAAAUGACAGUUAAAAUGAUUCACUGUACUUGAAGAUUUCUACCUGCUCAACGUUACAGCUAAUUCCACUUUGUAGCAAAUUAGUUUUACCUUAAAAUGUAAUGUUUUUUUUUAACACAUUUGCUUUAGUGUCUUGAAUAUGCCUGGAAAUACAAUGGACUGCUGGUGAUUUUCUAAUGUUCACAACUGAAUAAACUCCAAGGCACUGAAUGCCUCCAGAGGACA